AUUUAUAGCCGCGGUGACCAGAUCCCAGUGUCUCUCCCGCAGGCCCUGGCGGCGGAUUUUCCGAGCACCGCGCUCGCGCAGCGGCCCCGCGCCCCCAGCCAAGGCGCCAUGGAGCGGCCGGCGCCCCUAGCCGUACUCCCCUUCUCGGACCCUGCGCACGCGCUGAGCCUACUGCGCGGCCUGAGCCAGCUCCGCGCCGAGCGCAAGUUCCUGGACGUGACCCUGGAGGCAGCGGGAGGGCGCGACUUCCCGGCGCACCGCGCCGUGCUGGCGGCCGCCAGCCCCUACUUCCGCGCCAUGUUCGCCGGGCAGCUGCGCGAGAGCCGCGCUGAGCGGGUGCGCCUGCACGGCGUGCCGCCCGACAUGCUGCAGCUGCUGCUCGACUUCAGCUACACGGGCCGCGUGGCGGUGAGCGGCGACAACGCCGAGCCGCUGCUGCGCGCCGCCGACCUGCUGCAGUUCCCGGCCGUGAAGGAGGCGUGCGGCGCCUUCCUGCAGCAGCAGCUCGACCUGACCAACUGCCUGGACAUGCAGGACUUCGCUGAGGCCUUCAGCUGCGCGGGGCUGGCGAGCGCGGCGCAGCGCUUCAUCCUGCGCCACGUGGGCGAGCUGGGCGCCGAGCAGCUGGAGCGGCUGCCCUUGGCGCGGCUGCUGCGCUACCUGCGAGACGACGGGCUGUGCGUGCCUAAGGAGGAGGCCGCCUACCAGCUGGCGCUGCGCUGGGUGCGCGCCGACCCGCCGCGGCGCGCCGGGCACUGGCCGCAACUGCUCGAGGCCGUGCGCCUGCCUUUCGUGCGCCGCUUCUACCUGCUGGCUCACGUCGAGGCCGAGCCGCUGGUGGCCCGCUGCCCGCCCUGCCUGCGCCUGCUGCGCGAGGCGCGCGACUUCCAGGCGGCGCGCUACGACCGCCACGACCGCGGGCCCUGCCCCCGGAUGCGCCCGCGCCCCUCCACCGGCCUCGCGGAGAUCCUCGUGCUGGUGGGCGGCUGCGACCAGGACUGCGACGAGCUGGUCACCGUCGACUGCUACAAUCCGCAGACGGGCCAGUGGCGCUACUUGGCCGAGUUCCCUGACCACCUGGGCGGGGGCUACAGCAUCGUGGCGCUGGGCAACGACAUCUACGUGACGGGCGGGUCCGAUGGCUCCCGGCUCUACGACUGCGUGUGGAGGUACAACUCAAGCGUGAACGAGUGGACGGAGGUGGCGCCCAUGCUGAAGGCCCGGGAGUACCACAGCUCCUCCGUGCUGGAUGGGCUGCUGUACGUGGUGGCCGCAGACAGCACGGAGCGCUACGACCACACCACCGACUCCUGGGAGGCCCUGCAGCCCAUGACCUACCCCAUGGACAAUUGUUCCACCACGGCCUGCCGAGGCCGGCUCUACGCCAUCGGCUCCCUGGCCGGCAAGGAGACCAUGGUGAUGCAGUGCUACAACCCAGACGUGGACCUAUGGUCGCUGGUGGACUGCGGCCAGCUCCCGCCCUGGUCCUUUGCCCCCAAGACAGUGACUCUGAAUGGACUCAUGUACUUCAUCAGGGACGACUCUGCUGAGGUGGACGUAUAUAACCCCACCAAGAACGAAUGGGAUAAGAUCCCAUCCAUGAAUCAGGUGCAUGUCGGGGGCAGCCUGGCCGUCCUUGGAGGGAAGCUCUACGUCUCUGGGGGCUACGACAAUACCUUUGAACUCUCCGACGUGGUGGAGGCCUACGACCCAGAGACCCGGGCGUGGAGCGUGGUUGGACGGCUCCCAGAACCCACCUUCUGGCACGGCAGCGUCAGCAUCUUCCGCCAGUUUAUGCCCCAGACGCCCUUGGGGGGGCGUGGCUUUGAGCUGGACAGUGGCAGCAGCGACAUGGGUGUGGGCCGGCCCCGGCCGCCGCAGAACCCCGGCGAGCUGCACUAGCCCCGGCCCGGCCCGCGGAGGGCCUUGGUGCAGGUAACCCAGCACCUCAGGGGGCAGCACCCCCAUCCUUCGUGCACCGGGACAGGUCGGCUGGAGCGUGGGCUCAGGGGCUGGCGAGCGAGCGAG